GGUUACAAAUGAAUAUGUCCGCUGUCCGCACGGGUCGAUUUGGUUAUGUAAUAGAUAGGCAUAGAGCAGAAAUGCAAGAGUGAAAGCGAUUUGUGAAUAUGACUCGGAUUUCGCUGCUAGUGGCUGAUGAAGCCCAGUGAGUGCAACAUGGCCGGGAAAUUUGUAACCCUUCUCGUCGCCUGUGCCUGUCUGCACCACGUCCUGGGCUUGAUAGACAAGCAACCUGAAUAUGUAAAGACCUGCAUGAUUAAAGAACCAAAGGAGAUAUUUGUAAAUUGUUCCACACAUGCAGUACAAAUUUUAUUCAACGAAAUUCCGAAAGGGGUCGCUGAAAUUGGUCUGGAGAAAUUGGAUCCCUUGUAUGUUCCAAUGAUCAGUAUACUACAAGGAGGGGGUGGUCCAGUAACAGUAAACGCAUCCUUAUCUAACGUCACGGUACUCGGUUUUGGAAAUACCAAGAUAGUCCACAACAGUGUCGAUCCAAAAACUUUCGAUUUCUACACAAAACUGCACCUUCCAAGGCUAAGGAUAGACGGCAAUUAUGACCUUUUUGGUCGAAUUUUGGUUAUUCCCCUCAAAGGAAGAGGCACCUGUUGGUUUGAUGCCAAAGACUUGGAAAUAAUCGUCAAGAGCGACAUUAUCAUGGAGAAACACGACGGUUUCCAGUUUUUCAACGUAACCAAGGUCCACGUAAAGUUCAGCAUCGGAGGGUUAAAGCUCCACAUGUACAACCUUUUCGACGGCAUCAAGGCGUUAGAGGAUUCGACGAACACGUAUCUGAACGCGAAUUGGCGACCCGUUGCCGAGAGCCUCAGUCCGAUUUUAUCCAAGACCAUAGAAGACAUCAUGAUAGACAUCCUGAGGAAGGUGUUCGACAACAUUCCCGCCAAUUUUUUCCUCGGCGACUUGGACCCUUAACGUCCUAGAAGACUGUCACGUAAAUUUAGCAAAAUUCGACACGAUUUCGUCAACCACAGCUGGCAAACAGUUUAAAGUUAGGACGCGCGGUGAUUCACGGAGAUGUGGGGACUUUUUCACUGUACACUUUCAUAUUUUCCUAGCCAAGCGCUUAUUAUUUACGAAAAUUUAUGUGUUUUUUUUAUAUAAAUUUUAAAUAAAAAACUGCCACAAAAG